GUCUAGAUUAGCCAUACUUCACCACGCCGUGUCUGUUGAUUAUCCAUACUUCACCACGCCGUGUCUGUAGAUUAGCCAUACUUCACCACGCCGGUUGGUGCGGGUUGGUCUUGGCUAGGAAUCCACACCAGGUACUCGUUUAAGGCCGAGCCGAUCUAGGGGGAGGCCCAGGACCGGUUCAAACGAUCGUCACUGUGGUGUUGUGCCGUGAGCGGGAAUCGAACUCGGGUUCUCUGGCGGGUUGGUAGCGCUAACCGCGGCACCACCGCUCCCCCCACGCAUUGCGCAAUCGUAUUGCAAUAAACAGCUGCGCCACUCGGCAAUCAUGAAAAUGGUGUGCGACUCGUCGAGGCUUUCCCGGUACACAUGAGUUACAUUAAAAUUAUUACGAUUGAUAUUGUUACAAAAAAGUAACAAUCGGGAGUUCAUAACGAAGGAUUGCAGCUGAUUGCGGCCCUUAGGAUCGCGUGCGUGCCAGCCAGCCAGCAGCAGCCGUGGUGGUGGUGUUGGCGGUCAGCGCCACGUGCUAAGAACCCGGCCACAGCGCGCUGACCACCGCUCCGGUACUCACAAGGGACACUGCAACGAGCCAUCGGUGGGAGCCACGCUGCACACUCCCAUGGCCUUACGACGGCUCCUGUAUUGGCAUAAAGAUCCGAUGGCUUUGGUAUUGUUGCUCAUUUCAUUGUUCAUCAAAUCGACUCAUUCUUUGGAGGACACUGCAAAUACUCCACCUUGCCUGACCCCACUGUGUGGCCACUUUGGCACCAAAACACGUUACGAGGACGUGAGCAAGUUCAGUGGAUGGGUAGGUGAAGGGGAAUGUCGGGCAAUACACCUCAAUGCUGUGAUCCGCCACGGGACUCGUUUGCCCACGGCCCGUCAAAUACGCGCCAUGCGAAACAUGCAUCAGUUGAUGGCUGCCGGCACCUCGGCACUCGCGUGGAAGAUUGGCGAGUGGCAUUUCUGGUUCCGUGAAGAGCUCGGCGGAGAGCUGGUCGAGAAGGGAGCUCGAGAUGAAGCGCAACUGGCCGAGCGGCUUGCUGAACGAUUCCCGGAUUUAUUAGGCACGUGGGCCGUCAAUCACAAAUCCCUGCGAUUCCUCAGCAGCUCCAAGCCACGUUGUGUCCAAAGCGCCACAGCCUUCAUGCAUGCUCUCUGGCACCACCAGCCUGCACAUUACCCGGAGAUUACAGUCGACGACCGGGUCAUGAGAUUCUUUGACGAGUGCGAAAGGUUUGUUGAAAAUGUGAAAGAAAAUGUGAGUGCGCUCUACCACGUGAUCGCCUUCAUGGAGGGCAAAGAGAUGUGGAACGUGCAGCAAAAAAUCUCGGAGAGGAUCGGCGUGCCUCAAGAACACGUCACAAGAAAAUUAAUUCAAGCCGCAUUUUACGUCUGCUCCUUUGAACUCGCGGUGAAUGGGACACACUCAACUUGGUGUGAACUCUUCGAUGCUGAAGACGCCAAGGUACUGGAGUAUCUGGGGGAUUUGAAGCACUUCUGGCUGCGGGGGAGAGGUUAUCCAAUCAACAGCCGGAUCAGCUGUGUGCUGCUGCAGGAUAUAUUUACUGGUUUGGACCAGGCAGUUACUGAGAGGCAAAAGUUGAGACAAGUAUCAACACCGGCAGUUUUGCGAUUUGGACACGCAGAAACACUCAUCCCGUUACUCACAUUGCUGGGUUUUUUCAAAGAUAAAGCUGACCUCUUGUAUGAUAAUUAUUCUUCGAUGCAUGACCGCAAUUUCCGGACCAGCACAUUUUGUCCUUAUGCAUCAAAUCUUGUCUUUGUGUUGUCACAGUGUGAGGGUUUGGGCAGUUGUGAGCGUGACGAGGAGACCAACUGUGCCAAUGAAGGGGAGGAUUCCACUUUUUAUAUACAGCUCUACCUCAAUGAGAUCCCAUUGCAUCUCGAUGCCUGUGGUGCUACCAUUUGCCCUUAUCAUAAGUUUAAAAAUUAUUAUGUUAAUAUACUUACACAAUUCCAGUUUAAAAGUGAAUGUGAGACUUUAACUUCGAACCUAAAUAAAUUUGGGGAAAGUAAAUUAUAUUUGUGAUGAAUCACUGGUUGUGUUUACUUAUUUUGCACAAAUCAUUCACAAGACAUUCCUGAUAGUUAUCGUGUGAACUUAAGAAAAAAAAAUAUGUAAACAAUUGUGUUUUUUUAUUGUUGAAAAUUAUCACGGAAUAAAAUACCAAAUUUCUUUGAA